CAUUUUUCCUCGUGUAACAGUAGUGUGUUAAGGUUCACGCGUUCGUUACGUGUUCGUCCUUGCAGUUAACAAAUCGUUCGCAACAAGUGUUUAACAAAACACGUGUGACUGCUGCUUGAAACACUUCAGAGGAGCAGACAUCGACGGCCGUCAACAGAAAGUUACUACGGAAGCCUAUAUCCCAAACGACGACGGCCCCCCACGUCUUGCAGGCGGUGCUGGAGGCGUAGGGAGGGUGGCAGCAGCGCGGCGCCAUGCUGGUGGCGCUCCUUGCGCUGCUGCCGUUGGCGAGCGCGCUGCCGGAAGUCAUCCGCAUCGGGGGGCUGUUCCACCCGGCGGACGACCGGCAGGAGGUGGCGUUCCGGUACGCCGUAGACCGACUGAACGCCGACCGCAGCGUGCUGCCCCGAUCGCGGCUCUCUGCGCAGAUCGAGAAGAUAUCUCCACAGGACAGCUUCCAUGCCUCCAAAAGAGUGUGCCACCUGCUUCGGAGCGGCGUGGCGGCCAUCUUUGGGCCCCAAUCUGGCCAGACGGCGAGUCACGUGCAGUCCAUCUGUGACACCAUGGAGAUCCCCCACUUGGAGACGCGCUGGGACUAUCGCCUCCGUAGAGAGAGCUGCCUUGUCAACCUCUACCCGCACCCCACAGCACUCUCCAAGGCGUACGUAGACUUGGUCAGGGCAUGGGGCUGGAAGUCGUUCACAAUUAUCUACGAGAACAAUGAAGGAUUGGUGCGCCUGCAAGAGCUGCUGAAGGCCCACGGGCCUUCCGAGUUCCCAAUAGCCGUGCGUCAGCUAGGCGAAGGCACAGAUUAUCGGCCAUUGCUAAAACAAAUAAAAAAUUCGGCCGAAUCUCACAUUGUGCUUGACUGCUCGACAUCACGGAUAUACGACGUCCUCAAGCAAGCACAACAAAUUGGAAUGAUGAGUGAUUAUCACAGCUACCUAAUAACUUCAUUGGAUCUUCAUAGUGUCGACCUGGAAGAAUUCAAAUACGGCGGUACUAAUAUCACCGCAUUUCGUCUUGUGGAUCCAGAGAAGCCAGAAAUAAAGAAAGUUAUCCGUGAUUGGGGCUACGGCAGCUAUGGCCGGAAAGCAGACAUGGGUCCAAUUAGGACAGAAACAGCGCUGAUGUAUGAUGCAGUUCAUCUAUUUGCCAAGGCCCUUCAUGACCUUGACAGCAGUCAAAGGAUUGACAUUAAGCCUCUUAGCUGUGAUGCAGUUGAUACAUGGCAACAUGGAUACAGCUUAAUCAAUUAUAUGAAAAUUGUUGAAAUGCAAGGUCUGACAGGUGUCAUAAAAUUUGAUAAUCAGGGAUUCCGUAGUAACUUCUUGUUAGACAUUGUUGAACUCAAUAAAGAUGGUCUGAAGAAGAUUGGUACCUGGAAUUCUACUGAAGGUGUCAACUUCACUCGAACAUAUGGUGAAGUCUACACACAGAUUGUUGAGAGCCUACAAAAUAAGACAUUUGUUGUUACCACAAUUCUUAGUUCUCCAUAUUGCAUGAGGAAAGAGUCAAGUGAGAAACUUACAGGAAAUGCUCAGUUUGAAGGAUAUGGAAUAGACCUAAUACAUGAGAUAGCAAACAUACUGUGUUUCAAUUACACAUUCAAACUAGUACCUGAUGGUAGAUAUGGAUCAUACAAUCCUGAAACUAAGGAAUGGGAUGGAAUGAUGAAAGAACUCCUUGAUCAGAAAGCUGACUUAGCUAUUGCUGAUUUGACAAUUACAUAUGACCGAGAGCAAGCUGUGGACUUCACAAUGCCAUUCAUGAAUCUUGGUAUCAGUAUACUCUAUCGCAAACCAAUAAAACAGCCACCAAAUUUGUUUUCAUUUUUGUCUCCAUUAUCUCUGGAUGUGUGGAUAUACAUGGCAACUGCUUACCUAGGAGUUUCAGUCCUGUUAUUUAUACUUGCCAGAUUCAGUCCUUAUGAGUGGGACAAUCCUCACCCUUGCAAUGAUGAGCCUGAUGUAUUGGAGAACCAGUUCAGUCUGUUGAAUUCACUAUGGUUCACGAUUGGUAGCCUGAUGCAGCAAGGUUCUGAUAUAGCUCCCAAGGCAGUUUCAACACGGAUGGUUGCUGGAAUGUGGUGGUUUUUUACCUUAAUUAUGAUAUCAUCCUACACAGCCAACUUAGCAGCUUUCCUUACUGUUGAGCGAAUGGAUUCUCCAAUUGAGAGUGCGGAAGACUUAGCAAAACAAACAAAAAUAAAAUAUGGUGCUCUCAGAGGUGGAUCAACAGCAGCAUUUUUUAGGGAUUCCAAUUUUUCAACGUACCAGAGGAUGUGGUCAUUCAUGGAGUCUGCUCGUCCAAGCGUUUUUACAAGCUCAAAUGUUGAAGGAGUGGACCGUGUUGUGAAAGGAAAAGGCAGUUAUGCUUUUCUAAUGGAAUCAACAUCAAUAGAGUAUGUUAUUGAACGGAACUGUGAGCUGACCCAAGUAGGAGGACUUUUGGAUUCAAAAGGCUACGGAAUUGCCAUGCCACCAAAUUCUCCAUAUCGCACUGCUAUAAGCGGAGCUAUUUUGAAGUUGCAAGAAGAAGGAAAGUUGCACAUACUGAAAACACGUUGGUGGAAAGAAAAACGUGGUGGUGGGACAUGUCGAGAUGACACCUCCAAGAGCAGCAGCACAGCAAACGAGCUUGGACUGGCCAAUGUUGGAGGUGUUUUUGUUGUGCUGAUGGGUGGCAUGGGUGUUGCUUGUGUGAUUGCUGUUUGCGAGUUUGUCUGGAAGUCACGAAAAGUAGCUGUUGAAGAAAGGUCAUCUAUCUGCUCUGAGAUGGCUGCAGAACUAAAAUUUGCUCUACGUUGCCGAGGUUCUACUAAACCAGUGCGCAGGAAGAGACAUGUUCAGACAGAGGAAGAACAUCCUACUCAGUUUAUGCCUCUUGGGGCUUAUGGACAGUAUGAUUUUAUUGGCAAGGAACUGCUACCUUGAUUCUUGGAGAGAACAGUUAUCACAAUAUGUUGUAAUCAAAACUGAGAAUAAAAAUCCUUGUUUAUUUGACAGAACCAUUUAGGGACUCUGUGUCAUGUACUUCUUCUUGUGAAAAUAAGGAACAUUUAUUUUUAAUUGUUGGUAAUCUACUAAUGAUCCAUGCAGUUACUGAUGUGAAAUUACAGAUGGAAGUUUUAUGUAUAAUAGAUUAUAUUGCUGACAGUAUUAUCUUCAUUUCUAUCUGUUACAUUAUUGUUUUUGUCUUUUUUUUUUUGGGGGGGG